UUAAAUAAUUAACCAACUCACCACCCUCUUUGGGUCCAAGCCCGGGAUUCCCCCCUCCCCCCCGUUCCCGGGAGCUGUGAGGCGGUCGUGGAUCUCGACAUCAGCGAACACAACCCGCCUCCGCCACCACCAUCCCCUCGACACAACAAAUAAUAAAGAUAAGAUGGUCGGAAAGAAGCACCCCACCUGCGUCUGGUGCUCGGAAACCAAGGAAACCCUGAAAUACGUCCUCCCCACGCAAAAUGGGAAGAAAGAGUUCUGCUCGGAAGUGUGCUUGGCAGAGUUUCGACGAGCCUACAGCAAGGGCGCCUGCACCCACUGCGACACCCCCCUGCAUUCCACCCCAUCCUCCACCACCCCCACCCCCAGCAGUAAUACAAUUCAAAAACCCAUAAAACUCGAGGACACCUCUACGAAAACGAUAAAAGAAUUCUGCACCUCCGACUGCCUUUCCAAGUACCAAAAAAACCUCCAGCAAAAAGGCUUGAAAAAAUCCCAGCACAAUUUCUACGCGAACCCCGUGCUCGAAAACGCCCCCUUCGACUGGGACGAGUACCUCAAAACCACCAAGAGUAUCGCUGCUCCAAAGUCCUUUUUCAAACAGUCCCCCGCCCCCCCACCCACGGAUUUCGCCACGUCAAUGAAAUUAGAAGCGAUCGACCCCAGGAACACGACGUCCACCUGCAUCGCUACUGUCAUUGGGUCGAUCGGACCCCGCCUACGCUUGCGGUUAGACGGCUCGGAUUCGUCCAACGACUUCUGGAGGAUGGUGGACUCCUCGGAAAUUCAGCCCAUCGGGACGACGGAGAGGAACGGGGGGAUGCUCCAGCCCCCUUUGGGGUUUCGGUUAAAUGCGAGUUUCUGGCCAAUGUUCCUUUGUAAGACGUUGAAUGGGGCGGAGAUGGCGAAGGGGGAGUGUUUCAAAGAGGAGCCUUUGGGGGUUAGGUUUAAUUUCUUUAAAGUGGGGAUGAAGUUGGAGGCGGUGGAUAGGAAGAAUCCCCAUUUGAUUUGUGUGGCGAGUGUGGGAAACGUCAAUGGUGACCAGAUAUUCGUAACGUUCGAUGGAUGGCGGGGGGCUUUUGAUUACUGGACGAGGUUUGACUCGAGGGAGAUUUUUCCUGUGGGGUGGUGCGGGUUGGCCGGGCAUCCCCUUCAGCCGCCGGGAUCCACCCCCACCACGACGCACCACUCGUCCCCCUCCUCCCUCACCCCCACAUCCCACUCAUCCCCCCAUCACCAUCCCACCCCCCAAACCCUCGCCCCCUCCUCAACCACCUCUCCCCUGACCUCAUCCACCCCCCAAUCUCACCCCACCCCACCCUCCCCCCCACAACCCCCCUUGACCCUCCACCUGACCCCCCACCUCUGCUGCACCCCAGGCCAUCUGGACCUUCAGAAACUCUCUUCGAUCCCCACGCUUAUCGGUCCCUCCUCCUCCAACGAAGUCUUGAAUCAAUUCGUCCUCAUUUUAAAAUCGAUAUUGACCAAGGGGAAUUUAAUCGAGUUCCGAACGUACGACUCGUAUCUCGAGCAGGGGGAUUUCUGGGCGGAGGUCGUGGCGUUGCUGAGGAUCGUCGGGUGCUGUGAUGGGUUGGUCAGGGGGACCAGUGAGGAACAUGAAGAGAAUGGGGAGUAUACUGGGAGUAGUGGUGUGGGGAGGAGGUGCGGGGGACGGUGCAGGUUCGAAAAAAGGGUCAAAGUUGAGAAUGGCGGGGGCGGGGGGCAGAGAAAAAGGAGUAAUUCCACUGCGUCGACGAUUGUUGUGGAAAAUAAUUCCUCUGGGGGCGGUGGGGGGGAAAAGAAGAAGAAAAAAGACCCCUCGGAAUGGACCGUUGAUGACGUCAUUGAUUACAUUUGUGACGCGGAUGAGAGCAUGCGGGGGUGCGUUCAGGUUUUUAGGAAACAUGAAAUCGACGGGAAGGCGAUGCUGCUCCUGAACUCUGACGUAAUGAUGAAGUACAUGGGUCUCAAACUAGGACCUGCAUUAAAAAUUUGCAAUAUUUUAAAAUUAGUUGGUGGGAGGGGGAAAUGAAUUUUGUUAUAUUUUUUUUUCUGGAGCACGGACAAAUAAAUAGAAAAAUAUUUUGAUAA